AUGUCGGAAGUAGUCAACAAAGUACCGGAGAAGGAUAUUAAGAAAGAAGAGAAACCGGAAUUCACGUUAAAGAAUGUUUUACUUGAUAUUUAUAAUGGAUCAAUUGCACUUGUUAUUAAUCCACAAUGUACAAUAAUUACUUAUCCAAUUAUAAUUUGUAUUGCAUCAAUAUUAACUAAGAUUGUAAUUAAUAAAAUUCCAUAUACUGAAAUUGAUUUUAAAACAUAUAUGCAACAAAUUGAAUUAAUUAAUAAAGGAGAAUUAAUGUAUGAUGAAAUUUAUGGAGAUUCUGGACCAAUUGUUUAUCCUGGAGGAUUUGUACAAAUUUAUCAAAUUAUAAAAUCAUUAACUGAUGGGAAUAUUAAAGAAGUACAAUUGAUAUUUUCAUAUUUGUUUACUAUUUCAAUUGCUUUUACAUGUGUUAUUUAUUCGAAUAUAAUUAAUUUACAACCUUGGGUUAUUUAUUUAUUUAUAUUGAGUAAAAGAUUAAUAUCAAUUUAUGUUUUAAGAUUAUUUAAUGAUUGUUGGACAACUUGUUCAAUAUUAGGUAUGAUUAUAUUAUUACAACAAGCAAGUUCAUUUAAUAAAUCAAAUAAAUUAAUUACAUUCAUGUUAUGUUUAUUAUCUGCUGAUUUAUACAGUAUUUCAAUAUCAAUUAAAAUGAAUGCUUUAUUAUAUUUGCCAGGUUUUAUUAUAAUUGUUUAUUUUUUAUUAGAUGAAAAUUUAAUUAAAUUUAUAAUUACAUUAUUAAUUAUUCCAUUAAUUCAAUUAAUUAUGGGUUGGAAUUUCUUAUUACCUUUAUAUUAUAAUGAUGAAAUUGCCCUGAUUAUUCGUUGGAAUUAUAUUAAUCAAGCUUUUAAUUUUAAAAGAAAAUUUUUAUAUGAAUGGACAGUUAAUUGGAAAUUUAUACCUGAAUCAAUCUUUUUAUCAAAUGAAUUUUCAUCAAUUUUACUUGUUUUACAUAUUUCAAUUCUUUUAAUUUUCAUCUUUACAAGAUUUUUAAAUUCCAAAAUUAUUGGUAAAUCAUUGAUACAAUUACUUAAAGAUAUAUUUAGUUUUAAAUCAACUGGAUCUUCGAAUAAUAACUUAUUAAAUGAUACUAUAAUUGGUCCACAAUUGAUUUUUAUAAUUUUAAGUAUAACUAAUUUAAUUGGUGUUUUAUUUUCAAGAUCUUUACAUUAUCAAUUUUUAAGUUGGUAUCUUUGGUCAAUUCCAGGAUUAUUGUUUUUUAAUUUCCCAAUAUUUAUAAGUAUCCCAUUAUGGAUAUUACAUGAAUGGUGUUGGAAUGUUUUCCCUUCUACCCCAUUAAGUUCAAGUGUAUUAAUUGCAAUUUUAUCAUUGAUCGUUGCUUCAACUUGGUGGAAUUUCAACAAUUGGUUCCCAAAGACUCAACCAGUAGUUGAACCAACAAAGAAAGAUGAAUAG